AGUGAAGGUUUAUUUCCCACUGAAGGGUUCGUGGAAGAAGAUCAAUUUUUUUUUUCAAUGGAUCCCAAAUAUGCAGGAGAAACCUUCAAGCAUCUGGAGAAAGAAAGUGAACUACUCUCAAAUGCCCAUAAAGCAAUGUCGGAUGAAUUGCACAGGCUUCAGGUUGAGGAAGAAAUGCUGAUGCGCAAGUUACAUGAACUUAUUUCUCAUACUCUAACUAAAAAGAAGGGCUUAAAUGAUAAUGCUGAGGAAAGGCAGAAUGACCGGGAAGGAGCACGGGUCGACAUGACUACUGGUGCUGAUGAAAGGCAGAAUGACCAGGAAGGAGCACUGGUCGACAUGACUAAUGGUGCUGAUGGAAGGCAGAAUGACCUGGAAGGAGCUGUCAUUGACAUGACGAAAGGUGAUCACUAAUGUAUAAGUGAGAUAGGUAUCUGAUCCCUAGGCUAUCUGUACAGAAAUCCAUUGUUAGCCUUACACUUUCAGUAUGCCAUUUUUGGUCUCACAUUGCCGAUGCUUUUAGAUUGCUUCUCACAUAGAUCUCUCAGCUACGUAGACAGUGAUAUAUGUUUUUUGAU